AUGUUGCGUACUGUUUCUCGUCUUCAAGCUCUCUCUCGCACUUUCAAUCCUAGAUUUACCGCCCCUAUCUCCACCAAAAUCACUCCCAAGAUGUCUGCCAACAUGACCAUCAUCACUGCCAAGGAUGCUUGCCCUCCUGCCGGCCCCUACUCCCAGGCUAUCCGCGCCAACGGACAGCUCUUCGUCUCCGGCCAGAUCCCCGCCGAUGCCUCCGGCAACCUGGUCGAGGGUGACAUCGGUGUCCUGACCCAGGCCUGCUGCGACAACAUCCAGGCUAUUGUCACUGCUGCCGGAUCCAGCGUGUCCAAGAUUGUCAAGGUUAACGUCUUCCUCACUGACAUGGCCAACUUCGCUCCCAUGAACGCUGUCUACGAGAAGUUCUUCACCCACAAGCCUGCUCGCAGCUGUGUUGCUGUUCACCAGCUGCCCAAGGGUGUUCCCGUUGAGAUCGAGUGCAUUGCUCUGGAGUAA